UGCUGUGUGAGAGGGAAAGAUGGCGUCCGGGUCGGAUAAGCUGCAGCGCGUCUGUGUCGCCCUCUUCACCGUGCUCGGUGUGUUCCGGUGCUUCGGUGUGGGUCGGUGCGAUGAGCAGGUGCCUCUCAUCAUGUGGACCAGCGAGGGGGUCUCCCUUCCUCGUCAGUCUCCUCCUGCAGCAGGUCUCAUUGUUGGACAGCAGCAGCUCGUCUCCUACCUGGACAAGGCUUUGGCCAUCGGUCCACAAAAUGUUCUGCUCUUCCUUCAGGAUAAGGUAUCCAACAAAGACAUGGGUCAAUCAGGCCAAAAAAAAAAACUUUGUUUUGCUUUUAUUAACAGAGCACUUCAGUCCUCUUCGUCCCCUCUGGUGUUACCUGCUGUGUCUUGGCCUGCCUCCCAUGCUGUGAUUGGUCAGUUGCAGGACCAAUUAGCGGUUUCUCCUUUAUACAUGGAUCCUGAGACCCUGAGCCAACUCAGACUCAAUGCCUCUUCACCGGCUUUUCUGGUGUUUAGGUUGCCUUACACAACUGGGACUGAUCUGCUGUCUCCAAAAGAAAUCCUCAGUGGAAACGAUGAGGUGAUUGGUCAGGUGAUGAGCAUCAUGAAGACCCAAUCUGUCCCGUACACAGCCAUUUACACUGGCUUGCAGCCCUCAAGGGAGGCGGUGUCCCUGUCUUUGGAACCGGUCCUGGGGGGAGGACGCUCUCUGUUGCAGUCCAGAGGUGGAUACAGGGACCGAUACAGGGAAAGAGAGCGGCAACAGAAAGUCAAGGCUGGGGUCUACGCUCCAGUGGAGUUUAAGGAGAGGGAGAAAACCUGCAUCCUGCUGUGGUCCAAGAGCCUAUCGGUCAGCAUCCUUCGCAGCGGUCGCUGGGAAAUUCAUGACCUGACCUCGUCUACCUUUGGUGAAGGUGUUAGCCCCAAACUUCAUGGGUCCAGCUGUGACCAAAACAAAGCAAGGUUGGUUCUGAAUUAUGAGAAUGUCCUUGGCCAUCGUAACUUCAAGCUAAUCUUCGCCAUGAGCCAGCGUCACUACAAAGUGUCUGCACGGCGCUGGUUCACUAUGGAUGCAGUGGAACUCGAGUAUGACGGCACUAAGGCCACGUUCAAUGGCAGCAGGUACAUUUACGCUCCUGCUGAGUACUCGUACCGCUGCGAGUCCGUCACCAGCUUCCGUUGGCCCCUGCUCGUCCCACGGUCUUCCAAGGACCCAGCCAAUCAGUGGAGGGUAUCUUUUGAGGACUUCCAGAUUCAGGGCUUUAACGUGACCGGCAGGGACUUCUCGUAUGCGAGUGACUGUGCAGGUUUCUUCUCCCCUGGGAUCUGGAUGGGUCUGAUGACUAGUCUUCUCUUGGUUCUGGUCCUCGCAUACGGCCUGCAUAUGAUCAUGCAGCUCUGCACCAUGGACCGCUUUGACGACCCCAAGGGUCCUGCCAUUUCUGUGCCCCAGACCGAGUAACACAUAUCCAGACUGUCUUCUCCUGAGUCUUCUGUUCUCCUCAUACUGCAGUGAUUCACCCCCCCCCCCCCCCC